AUGAAGUCCUUUGCUAUCCUCUUCGCCUCGGCUGUCGCCGUUGCCGCCACCGCUACCGUCGAUUUCCCCCAGGUCAAGCGCGCCGCCGAGGCUGCCGCCAUUGCCCUUGCCGCCCCUGAGGCCGAGCCAUGCUCCGGCCCUGCCGACCUCUGCACCAUGGCCAAGCGUGCCAACGACUUGCUCCUUGAGAAGGUCGGCGACCUCUACUCCAACUACACCACUGAAGGUGAUCAUGACAUCUUCGUCGUCAGGCGUGAUCCGGACCCGGCCUUCUGUGGCCGUAUCCGCGGUCAGCCCUGCCACAAGAAGCGUGAAGCCGAAGCCGACCCUGCCUUCUGUGGCCGCAUCCGUGGACAGCCUUGCCACAAAAAACGCGAGGCCGAGGCAGCAUUCUGUGGCCGCAUCCGCGGUCAGCCCUGUCACAAGAAGCGUGAGGCCGAGGCCGAGGCUGAUCCUGCCUUCUGCGGCCGCAUCCGCGGCCAGCCUUGCCACAAGAAGCGUGAGGCCAUCGCGAAGGCCGAGCCCGCAUUUUGCGGUCGUAUCCGCGGCCAGCCCUGCCACAAGCUCAAGCGUGCCGCUGAGGCUCUUGCUGACGCCGCUGCGAUGCCCGCUUUCUGCGGCCGUAUCCGCGGCCAGCCUUGCCACAAGGCCCGCCGCGACCUCGAGGAUGUGUCCAACUUCGCCAACGAGCUGGUUGGCUUCGCCGAGGGCAGCGAGUAA